AUGGCUGCAUCCUCGCUACGCCAGAGCGCCCGCUCUGCUUUCUCGUCCAUAUCAGCCGCAUCGUCAGAGGUCACGAGAACAGUUCUCAACCUGCCUCACACGUACAGCGAAUAUGUCCAAGACAACCCGUCAUCUGUCUCGAGUGUUGAGUCGUCGAUUCGGUCUCUCACAUAUCUCCUGCCAGGUGUCCGCCUCCACGACUCCGAAAUCGCUGCCGAAUCAGUCAACACCUUUGUGCAACUCCUAUCAAUCUACCAUGAUCAUCUACUGAAGAAGCGCGCAGCAUUCAUCGCAUCGUCUCCUGCCCUUAAACGCGCGCACAGCACAAAGACACCCCAGUCAAAGGCCUCACUACACGCCAAGUACACAACAUUUUGGUCAAAUUCGUCCUCACUGUAUACUAGAAUAGCGACAUGUCUGAAGAUAUCAGAAUACGUUCAGCUGCUUUGCGAGAUGAUGGCACGGCGAAGAGGAGGAGAGCGUGGGCGCUGGCGCAUCGUGGUCUUGAUUGAGUCAUUCAAGGCUAUGUGCCGGCUACUGCUUAUGCGCCUGACCAGUGCUCGGAGCCUGGUGAGCCCGGUCAUGCCAGAACGCGCUGAUUUUGCGCCUCCAGCACCCGAAGAGCCAGUUGAGGAAUUCCCGGAACACAUACCUAGUGAUGAAAACGAAGCUUUCGCCAGCCAAGACGCCUUCCGCAACACCGGAGUCCCCACUCCGCCUUUAUCAGAUUCUGGUAAAGUGCCUUCAGUGUCAGCACGAGAUCCAUUUCCCAUGCCACGGACAGGCACAACACUACCUACACUGCCAACCUCUGAGUCGGUCACGUCAUACCUUCUGUCUCAUGUGCUGACACCAGACGACGUCAAGCCAGCUUAUCAGCUUCUACGACGACUCAGCAGCAUCCAAGCACAGUCCGCCGAAGUGCUUUACAUCUUACGACCACUCAUCUAUGCUCUCAUGAUGCAGAAAAUUGCCCGUGAAGCCGGCCCAGGAGACGGCUACAUCAGUGACCUUGAGCGAGAAGAAUCCAAGAAGCGGAGUGUUGACAUGACGUGGUGGCUCAUGAGAGGUGCUUUCUACGAGAAUGUCACACGGAAGUACGUGCGAAGCGUUCAGACCGGCGUCAGUAAGGUCCCGCUGCUGGGUCCGUUGGUUGCCGGUAUAGUCGAGGACUAUGACAUUUUGUGGGGCGAGUAUCAUUUUUCGACGUCUACUUUAUAA